AUGAUUGAAAUUGCACCUGACAUUGAAGAGGUGGAAACUAAAAAGCGCCAAAAGAAACCAUCCAAGAGGCUGCAAGCACUCUCAGGAGAAACUCCUGAAGAACCCAUCUCCUUUACAGGCCAUCAAAGAGCCAGGAUAUCUUACUAUAAUGCCUUAGACAGAGUUCUCACUGAACUGAGAGCGAGAUUUGGAAGCAGAGAUACACAUAUCCUGACACCCCUAGCAAAAAUGAUAUUAGGGAACGCAAUAGGGGAUGAUUUUAAGACAGUGUCUGAAUUCUACAAUGUGGAUCAAGACAUCCUAAUGGCUGAAACUGCCAUUUUUCACGAUCUGGAAGGCGUGGAUUUGAAUACUGCAAAUACAGUGCUAAGGUAUCUUUCCUCAAAUUCUCUGUGUGAAACUUUGCCACACUUCAGUGAGAUGACAAAACCCCUGGCAACCUUACCAGCAACAUCUUGUUCAGCAGAAAGGUCAUUCUCGUGCUUGAGAAGACUCAAGACUUACCUUAGAUCUACUAUGGAUCAGGAUAGGGUCUCAGCAUUAGGACUUCUCUGCAUUGAGAGAGGUUAUGUCGGCAGGAUAGAUAUCGAACACCAUAAAAGUUGUAUUUGGCAAACGAAAGGGAAGGGACAAAAUGUUCUUUUAAUUUAUCUCUAA